AUGGGUCUAUGGGGAUAUGGAAGAGACAUCCGAAGGACGGGUCUUGAACCAUGGAAUCGCCUGGUUGACGGCAUGCUGGACCAGGUCCCUAAAGCUGGGCAUGGAGCCAUGAAUUGCUUGCGGUUGCAGCAAACUACGGCCACCAUCGAUAUUCCAUGGCGUCAAGGAGUAAAAGUCCGCCAGCCAAGGUGUGGGCAAACUGCGUAUUGGAUGUAA